GGUUUCUUCUCUAGGUAGUGGUUGGUUCGUUGGUUGUAAAGAAAGUCGUCUCUAGACAGCACGAGUUUUGUUGGUUAGAUAACCAAAUUAACAAUGUGGUGUAAAUAGUGUUGCAUACUUUUUAGUAGGAUUUCUAGUGAAAUGUAGUGAUUUAUAUUUUUUAAUAUUGAUAGCAAUGUUAAGUUUUGAAGAAAUAGAAUUAUCUGAUCGAAAAGAAGAUGAAAACAUUGACAUAUGACGGUUUUUUGAUGACGUAGUGGUGACGUGACGACCCUAAUCAAAAGACCAUUAUUUAUCAAUAUGGGUGCAUGAGUAUUUUAAAGUGAUAAAAAUAAUGAACGUAAACGAUUUUUUAAAUUCGAGCGGCGAGGAAGGCAACAGUGACAUGGAAACGAUGGACGUAUCGUUAAAUUGUGAGGAUCCUGAACUCAUGAGUUCAGAGUUUUUCGACUCUGUCCUCUCUCUGGAAAACAAUAUGGAUGAUGAAUUUUCUAGUGAGUUUCUAUCAAAUUUAGACGAGGAUAUCAAUCUAUCCAGCGAUACCAGUUCUAAUGUCGAUGAGGUUCUAUCUCCCCAAAGUUUUUAUUCUGAAAGUGAUAAAACCAGUUCUUGUGAUGAAACCACAACCAUAUUGGGAAACAUCGAUGGUUUUGACGAAUUAAUGUCUAUGCUGGACCCUAUUCCUGAAUACCAAGUAAAAGAACCCCCGCCUCCAGUUACAGUUCAAAAAUUACCGACCCAAAUUGUAAUCCAAAACCCCAAUAACAAAAAAUUUAUUUCUAAACCUAUGAUAAGUACUAGUCAGAUUAAGAAACCACAGAUACUUAAAGUACAACAGAUUUCAAACAACGGUAGUCCAGUUUUGCUGCCUCUAAACAUAAAAAGCAUUAAAAUUUUGAACACCCCUGCAGAAGUUGCUGCAUUCACUGGCAAUUUAAGAAAGAGAAAAGUCGAGCCUAAAAUUAACGAUAACGUAGUUACCUCGACUAAUCAGUACCCUCCGUUAGUUCUUUCACCAGAAGAAAAGAGGUUGUUAGUCAAAGAAGGUAUUUCUCUACCCACACACCAUCCUCUCACUAAAAACGAUGAAAGAGAGCUCAAAAGGAUCAGAAGAAAAAUCAGAAAUAAAAUUUCUGCACAAGACUCCCGCAAACGCAAAAAGGAGUAUGUUGAUAAUUUAGAGGAGAGAGUCAGAAGGGGUUCAGAAGAAAAUAAGAAUCUUCUACAGAGAGUUAAAGCCCUUCAAAGGCAGAACAAAACAUUGAUCGCACAUGUUAACAAGUUACAAGCUUUGAUUUGCAAUUCUACAACUUCUAAAGCAACUCCAUCGACUUGCCUUAUGGUGGUUUUACUGUCUGCAUUGCUGGUAUCUUUGCCUAACAUGAAGUUGUUCGAGAGCAGCAAACAUUCUCAGAUGCCUAGUGAGCAGGAGCAAGUGGCUGUUAGGAGGUCCUUACUGUCUAGCCCUCAAGCGACAGAAGACAAUUUGAACAUGGAGGAGUUCUUGGUUUUUAAAGAUGAGGAGGACUUCGAAGGCAGACUGGACGAUAUGGAAAUGGAAAAUUCCACUGAACAGGAGAUGUCAAAAAUCCUAGAAGACAUGGCUAAGAAGUACGACAGCAUAAAUCCAGAGAAAAAAGAUUCUCUGGGUCUGUUCUCCAGGGUCAUGGAGAGCGUGAAGGGUCUCCUGACGAACGGCGCCAAAAAAGAACCGUUCGGUGGGGGCACAGAUUACAGUGGGUAUCCCAAAAAAGGAUUCAUGGAACCCGACAUCGACGAGUACGUACCUGCGGACGAUCCACCGAAAAAACGGAUGAGAAUCGAUUUAAAAUCGAUGCCUGUCAAUGAGAAUAUCGUUACUACGACAGUGAAUACGCGUAAAAUAGCUUUAAAUACGAAAGAAAAAUAAGUUUUAAGGAACUUACCUUUCCUUCAAGAACAUGCGGAUGCUUGAAUGUGGAACAUUUAGUUAGGUUUUUUUAACUAUAUUAGUGUUGUGUUACUAUCGUAAAUCUAUCUGUAUUUUGUAUAAGCUCAUUCCAUAUUUAUUAGUUGUUUCAAGUGGUUUAAUUAAUUUUAUUAACACUUCAAAAUUAAAUGCUAAAAAGGUACGACUAUUCAUAUGUAAAUUAUUUUCGUUAUUGCACUAUUUUUAUUUUUGAGACUGUUUAAAAGAGAUUUUUAUUGAUUAUAUUUUAUAGAAAAAUAGAAUCAUUUCGUCG